UGCUUAUUCAAUCUAGCAAUGUACGCCAAAGAAAUAUAUGGCAGCAGUAUACCUCAGAAAGAAGAAGAGAGAAGCAUAAGAAAAGGUCCAUGGUCUAGCGACGAAGACUCAAAACUCAUAAAUUAUAUAGCUAUCCAUGGCGAAGGAGGAUGGGAAGCCCUCUCCCGUAACGCAGGGUUGAGGCGUACAGGUAAGAGCUGCAGAUUAAGAUGGUUGAACUACUUGAAUCCAAAUGUUCGACGAGGAAACAUCACUCCUCAAGAACAACUUUAUAUUAUAGAGCUACGCUUGCGCUAUGGAAAUCGGUGGACACAGAUUGCGAAAAGGUUACCAGGAAGAACUGAUAACGAAAUAAAGAACCACUGGAGAACAAUUAUCAAAAAGCAAGCAAAGCAGCUAAAAUGCGACGUGAAUAGUAUACAAUUUCUCGACAUCAUGCGCUCUAUGUGGCUUCCAAGAAUAAUGGAGGAACAAAUGCAUCCCAUUACCGAAGUUAAUUCAGAAUCCCAAUCCCAGUCAAGUAGUACUGACGUGAAAACUUUAAAGAAACUUUUAAAAUACCAGUUAAUUGCAUGUGCGAUGCACGUGUUGUAA